AUGUCUGCGUUUUACAAAUUAGCUCCCUUGGACAAGAAAGGCGAGAAGUACGAAUUCUCCCAGUUGGAGGGCAAAGUUGUCCUCGUUGUCAACGUCGCCUCCAAGUGUGGCUUCACCCCUCAGUACGAGGGGUUGGAAGCCUUGUACAAGAAGUACCACGACCAAGGCUUGGAGAUUAUCGGUUUUCCAUGUAACCAGUUCGGGAAGCAGGAGCCAGGUACUCAGGAGGAAAUUGUCCAGUUCUGCUCUUUGAACUUUGGUGUCACUUUCCCAAUCAUGAAGAAGGUUGAUGUCAACGGCUCCUCUGCAGACCCUGUUUGGGAAUACUUAAAGUCCCAGAAGUCUGGCUUGUUGGGCUUUAAGGGCAUUAAGUGGAACUUUGAGAAGUUCCUUGUCGACAAGGAUGGUAAGGUUGUCGAAAGAUUUUCUUCCUUGACAAAGCCUGAAAGCAUCGAGGACCAAAUUAAAGCCUUGUUGAAGUAAGUUUCUCAACACUGUGCACAUAACUUUAUUUCUCAUCUGUUUUAUUCCACCUUUUAGCGUAUGCCUUUAAUUCCUUUUGCAUGACAUCCCUGUAGACUAAACGCAAUCGUAAUUGGUUGGCGUCAGUAGUCGAAACCAUGCUUAUUUCAGGCGCCGAUUCAUCGGUAUUUUAAAUCCCCUCAAGUAUUAGGCAAUGAAGUCAUCUUUCUCGCUGAAGC